GUGCACGCAAGUGAAUUUGUAUUCUACUGAGCCUGCCCAAUAGGAAGUAUUCGCACAGUCAGACUGCCCGGACAGCCUCUUUUGCUCAUUAUGUAAAAAACUAUUUCCCGGUAUAGAUGACCAAAUCUCAAUAAUAAACCUUACAUCACGAAACACAAUUACACGCCACUUUCCUUAUCUUUAUCACUACAAGAGCAUGCGCCGAAUAGGUGUACGAUAACAACCAGCUGAACCACCAGUAUAACAAGACCUCUAUACUAGCAACCGUUAGACGUAAUCACAGCUCUUAUCUUUACUGGUCCAGAUGUAUGGCAGUUGGAACACUAUCCCUGGUUAUAUCAUUAAUACCCCAGCUUUACAUUAUUGCCACCAAACGGUAUCAAAACGCGGGAUCGAACGAACGGAGGUCGGUUAGAAAAAGUUCCGUUGACUUUUAAGAAAAGAAUUUUAGUGAAAUAGUGAAAAUGGUCGCGUUAGUGUUUUGUCUGUUGAAACACUCACUAGCGUUGCUGCUUCUAAGCAUGUGUCUUGCGAUGCUGGUCCGGGAUUCGAACGCGCGACCCCCUGGAAACCAGGCUACUGGCAUAUUCUCCGAGUCCGCUCAAUGUAAAACAGACGAUGAGCUAGUGGACUUAUGCCAGCGCUGCGCCAAGCUGACAAAAGGCAAGGAUGCCUACAAGACUUGCUGCUCAGCCGACCUGAACGCCAGGAAGUGGUGCUAUGACUACGUCUACUUCGGAAGGGAAUGAAGAAAUGCCGAAUGAGGAACCAUGACUGAUUGUGGCUGGCAAAAUUACUACGGAAGACAAACGAAUCAGUAACAAAUUCAACCACAUCAUAAAAGAGUUACUAUUUGUUUAAUGUGGACGCUACGUCAGAUGCCUCGCUCGAGCGUUUUUUUGCGGCAAAAACUAUCGGACCUUUAUAGCUAUGAGUGAAUCAGCUAUUUAACGUAUUGUAAAGCGUUGCGAGAUGCAGAUACCUUUAACGAUGACGUAUAUCAAGUACGAGUAUAAAUGUGCUAUGAUUGGAACGGGCGAUAAGAAAAUCCCAACUAUACCGAAAAUAGAAAAACUAACAUUAAUUUUUUUGGAAGAAAACUAUUGACGCAUAAAAUAAAACUUCCGUAAGUGUAAGGCCUGAGUGGACGCUUGAGCUGAGCGUACAGCGGGGCGGGGCGUGCGGCGUGUAUGUUAAACAAAUGCAAACGUAUAGGAGCGGCCUUAGUACACGCUGCUCACAUCACUUGUGAGCCCGACGCCACGCUCCGCUUCGAGCGUCCACUCAGGCUUUACACUAAGACUCACGCAAAUCAAAUAUAUUAAAAUUGGACAUUCAUGUUUUUUAAGUCGGGAAUUCAAUCAACUUGUUGAAUAUCAUCAUUAUAGAAUGAAAUGUGCCAAGCAAUUUUCGACUUGAAAAACGUUGGUGACCUGGUUGAAUAAUGUAUAUUUAAGAUAUUUUUGUUAUGCUCAAACGUCUGAUUUAUGAAUAACUCGUAUAUUCGGGUAAAACUUUUAGUUUUUAACACUUGCUAUGUUGAACUCAGAAAUAACAAGACAUACUUUUUUGUAUUCAACUUGUAGAAUUAGGUAUUUAGGUAUUUUGUUUAUCAGCUUUAUCUGCGAUAAAGUUACUUCUGUGUUCGAUGGGUAAAACCUACCUACUGGCUGGCCUUCCUUAAAAUAUUAGCAUAGUCAAUCAAGAGAGAUAAGUAGAUUUUUAUUUUCUCGUCAAAUUUUUUCUUCAUCUGAUUUCGAUAAAGUUUGUUAAACUACACUUAAAUCGACCGGGACGUAACUCAGUGGGAAUAUUCAAACAUAUUUUAUGUUCUAAAUUAGGAUUUCGUGUUUAUUCCGACCAGAGGAACUCUUCAAACUACCCAUUUCUUAACGAAAUCUGGCAAAAAAUUAAAUGGACAAAAAAAUAAAAAACGGCCCAAUCAUCAAGUGAGAAGAGAAAGAGAGCUAUAUGGAGAUUAAACGUGGCUUUUUUCAUGUCUAGCUUCUUAAAAACUUUGGUUGCCAGGCAAUGGGUGUUUUACUCUACUUUGUACUAUAAGACAUGAACAUGACAAUAUAGUGAGAAUAGUAUCGUCACAAGUCUCCUCUUCUGGUAAUCAUCGGUGCUUAUAUAUACGUAUGUUAUAUUGAUGUAUAUACGUAAAAAGUAAAGUGUAUUCAAAACAUUAAGUCACCCGACUCACGCUAUAGGCCAAAUUUGAUCCAAAAAUAGCGUUUAAUUCCCAGCAAGCUGGAAAUAAUUCUAAUACUUUUGGCCCUAAAUGCGUGUAAUCCAAGUUUUCUUCAUCAAAGGAGGUGUGCAUGAAUUUUGGGAACCGUAGGAGAUUACCAAACUACUCGAUUUAGCAGGAACUCACCAUCAAUUGCAAAGCCAAUAAUUAUGUGUGAUGCAUCAGACACUAUUAAAAAGGCGUUUUCGGAUUUUUUACAUAAAUAUAUGUUAAAAAAAAGAUAUUUAAAGUGGCGGCCAUUUUUUACAAACUUCAACUACAAAUUCAUAUUAAAGGUACCUUUCGGAUCCUCAGAUAUCAAUUUUGAUUAUCAUAAUUAGAUCAAAUGUUCUGUCGGACGUACCGUUUUCGAUCCACUAGCAAAAAUGUAUGCACACCUCCUGAGAUGGAGCAAAAUCGGAUUACACAGAUUUAGGACCAAAUUAAGGUAUUUAAACAAUUUUCGGUUUGCUGGGAAUGAAUUCUUCGAAAAAAUCUAAUUUGAUUGGCCUCCUAGAAAGGUCCGGGUCGUAGUCGAGGCACACUUCGUUUUCUAUGACGGGUGAUUGGUGAUCGUGUUUUCUAUAGAAAAAAUGUCGUACCAUACCACGGCCCGGUCCCGAACAGCAGCAUGAGAUCCUUUAUUAUAUUAGCACCGAUGAAUAUCACUAGAGAAAAAGUGCUAUAGUAUAAAAUGUGAUAAUUAAGUAUGUAUUUAGUAUUAAGCUAUAUUUGUGAUAUUAAGUCAGAGCUUUGCAUCGAUAUUAUUUGCACAGAUGUAAGACACCGUUUAGAAUUAUGAUGAAAUGUCAAAGUGAGAAUCGAUUGUGAGAUUAUUUUAAUUAUUUUCGUUGUCGUGACGAUAUGAAAAGAUUUCUUAUUAUGGAGUGUGGAAUUUAGAGGAGUGACAUCUCUUAUUGUAGAACUGUUGCAAAAGUGUCCAGCUGCUGUAUAAAUAAUAGUUCCAAAUCUCUCCAGAGUAGCGCUAGACUAGCAAGAACCUAGGCGCUAUUGACGGAGUGAAGUGCGCUGUCUAUGAUUUGAUUUUUUUGUUCAAGUAUUCUAGCCAUUGUAGCGCCACCUAUUUAUGGUUUUUUGACGACACUUUUUGGUACAUGGAAAUUUAUUUCCUUACCUCCACCUUCCGUAUUUCUUGUGGAAGCUAGAAUAUUUCUCUGUGGUUUUAAAAACCAGAUUAUCUCUGGUAACAUCAUUAAUAUUAAAUACAACCUGACAAGAUUCUAUUUGACCUUGAGAUAGGCCGCAAUUACUUUAUCAGAGAAAUGCGAAUAUAGAUAUAGGAGUCAUUGAAAAAUUACAAACCUAUUAUGGUGUAAUUUAACAUAUUCGACGUAGGUAUAUGAUCAUUCCUGUCAUUGACAUAUAUAUCUAAGGACGGGCCUUACGGGCACUAAGAAUGACGCUAGUUCAGUGGUGUCACUCGAAUUCGAGCCAAUCGUGCAGUCUAACGUAACUAGUUACGACCAAUUGCGCGCGUGGUGCGAACUCAUCAACCAAACGCGUUGCGGCGUUAGACUGCACGAUUGGUUCGAAUUCGUGUGCGUGACACCGCUGUACUGGCCCCAUUCUUAUAGGGAGGGUGCGCGUUGGAGGGUCUUCUGCCAUCUUGUUUGCAAUACCGUACCGUGCACAUACCGUGUUUUCUUGUGCAUAGUAGGUUCUGCCAUCUUGUGGGCUACAUCGGAACAAAAAUUAUCACAUUUACGUCUCGCGCUUAUUAGUUUUCUCAGGUUUGCUGUAAGGUAUCUUUUUAUAUUGUCAUAUGUAUUAUUUAAGAAUUCUAAAAACACUCGACUGCUUGUUAUUUAUAUUUCGUCAGUAAUUGAAUAAUUUCGAUAUUAUUAAUUUUAAUUUUUUUAUCGUUUAGACGCUUCAUUGUUAUUUUUAUUUUAUUUAUUUAUUUAGUUACUAAAAGGUGAGAUGUAGAAUAGAUGCACUAAAGCUUCCUCAGGAAAUAAUAAAACUAUUUUGGUGCAAAAAGGAUAAGGAAAAUGAUACGAAACAUUAAAAAAAAAUAUCCUAUCACUGUAAAGAGACUAAUGCAAUCUAUGCUGCAUUUUACCCUUUUUUGGUUUUCAAAUAAGCAGUCGAGAAAAAGUAAGUACCUAUGGUGCAAAAAAUGUGUCUUAAGUCUGCCUCAAAAAUGGCUGUGAUAAUUUUAUUUACGUAAAAAUUAUAAAAAAUAAAUUUGAUAAAUUUUUUAUAAUAAAUAAGUGUUUAUAA